AUGAAACCUGGUUCUGCAUUGAAACAGAAGGAGGCAGUUCUGGAGAGUCUAGCUGACAGGGAGCUGACCAUUCUGAAGUUCAGGGAGCUGGUUCACAAGCUGCAAGACCAGUGCAUUGAUCUGCGAGCCCAGCUCGAGCGUGAGUCAUCGUCCAAGGCCACCAUUGCCGCUGCUAUCCCCGAGAUUCAAGACUUCAAGAAAAUGUUUGCUGAAACGAAAGCUCACGCCCGUGCAAUUGACCUGGAACUGCGACGUAUCGAGGUGCUCCAAUCACAGCAGCAUAUCAAAUAUCUGGCAGCUUACAUGCCCGACUCUUUCAUGAAUAGAGGAGGUGACAACGACGCUCUGCUGGUGCUGCUACUGAUUCCGCGCCUGGUGUGGAAGUCGGACGUGCUGAUCUCGCAGGCCAAGGACAAGUUCCCCACCGUCGAGCUGGUCGACAAGAAGAGUCUCACCAAGGGUCACUCGGUCGAGCAAUUCGCCUCGAGAGCGCGGCUCGCCAUGCAUCUGCACAACCUACAGGGCAUCCUUCGACAGUUCAUAUUUGGCCUGAACACAUGCAGCCCGGAAACCCUCCUGAAAGUGGGUGGGGCUCUGCCAGACAUGAUGCAACAGGAGAAGGUUGUCGACAGCUAUAUCGAGAUGAUGAAGCGGGAUCAGUUGGACGAGAACGUGAAUACGGACGCCCUGGAGCGUUGCGUGACCUACUUCAACACGACACACCCUCUGUUCCUGCUGGCCAGCGGGGAGACACACGUGCAUCAGAGUCAUCUCGUGCAAGACGCCGGCAAAGCGCUCCUAGCGGCCACUGAUUGCAUCAGAACCGAUUCGACCAUCGUUCAAGUUCUGGCUCAGGCGGGCCCCGACCCGAGCAACAUAAUUCUGCUGUGUCAGCACUUGUGCACGGUGUGCGAGGUGAUCCAGCAGCAGCUGAAGCAGAUCCGUCGUAAGAACGUGGACUCGCCCCUCCUGCCCCUCCCUGCAGUCGACCUGCAGCACUGUUGCAUGUCGGCCGCCCGGGUCGCCAAGGUCAUGCGUGACGUGGCCAAGGCUGCUCUGGUGCAGAUACCUGUCUCCGGAGAGAUAGAAGGAUCGAUAGACGGCGCUAAACUGCUGGAAGCGUUGAACUUGUCGUGGGAGAAAGUGUUCGACGAUGCAGAGUCGGCGGGACCGGUGGCCUCUCUGAAGCAAGCCACUGCCCUGAUUGCGGCCGACAUCGCCCAGCUGGCUCAGUCCAUGCAGGAGAUUGAGGCCAACUCGGCCACUCAACCAGCUAAGCAGGAUGAGGUAACAGCACCAAUAGUGCUACGCGCCAAGCAAGUGAAGAGUGAGCUGGAGGAGACGAAAGCGCUGAGAAGUCGUCUGGAGGCCAGGGAGGCAGACAUUCGUGAACUGAAGCUGGCCAUCAGAACCAAACAGGAGGAACUGGGUGAGAUCUCUGUCAGGAAAGAACUGUUCGAGAAGCGGCUGGCCAACGCCACUCGUGACAACGAGCUUCAAGUGGAGAAACUAGAGAGAAAACUGGAAGAAGCAUUGCAGCAACUAAAACGAAAAGAGAAGGAGUUUGAAGAGACGAUGGAUCAUCUGCAAGCUGACAUCGAUUCUCUCGAGAAUGAGAGAGGAGAACUCAAAGAGAAGUUGAAAAAUUCGUCUAAAAAGAAAUUCUACGAAGGUGUCAAGUCUUCUGUUGCUAGUCCAGUACAUAGUUCUCCGGGCGGAAUUGGAAUGAAAGUGGUUGAAUCGCCCAUUCUGUUGAACGAGAUUCGCUCUCUGAGAAAUGCAUUGAAACACGAGCAAAAUGAAAAGCGGAAAUACAUGUUCAACCAUUACGAACAACUUUUGGCUCAGAUGAAACCAAUCAAUGUACCUAAGAAGAAAGAUGUCUCCAAUCAAAGGACUGAGUUGAUUAAGAAAGUUGAUACCCUGCUCAAGGAAGUAUAUGAUGCAAUGGCUACGACAAAGGUCAUAGACAUUACUAAGCAGAAGCCUGGUGAAGAGCCCUGUCUUGACAAGCUGUCACCCAACUAUCAUCUAGUGAAUAACCUGUGCAAAUCACAGCUCAUUGGUGACAAGAUUCGCAAAUUACAGAUUGAAGUCAACAAUGAACUAUUGAAAAGUACGAAAGGAUCUAGCAUCAAUACGGACUUCACCAUAUUCCCCACUCCAGAGAUGGCUAAGGUUCUCCAAGAAACCAAGCCCAUUUGUAUCGGUGAACUGACCGUGCCGAAACUAGCCGGCGAUAACCAGAAGGAUACGAAUCUGAUAGUCGAGCCUAGAUCGCUGAAAAGGCUGCACAACGAAAUUAUAUCACUCUGGUCUUGAACGUCGCAAAAAUAGACUUCGUAAUUUAAGUGCCAGCAUUACAAUAAUGUGAUUGUGAACUGUACUCUAAUCGAUGAAAAACAUACUUUGGAAAGGUUUAAAAGAACGCGUCGUUUCUUGAACUGUUCCAAUACAUUAAUUGGAGUACAGUGAAGUUGUUUGGACCGCCUAGUGCAUAAUCGAUAAGCUUGAUCAAAGAAGGCUGUAUUUUCUAUUUCUAUUCAGCAAUUAUUUUGCGUAACAUGCAAUAGAGAUGUGAUAUAAUUGUCUUUAUUUUAAUAAUUUAUAAUGAAAUUAAUUAUUAUUAGUCCUAAGUUGCCAUCAUGUUAUAAUUUUUCUAACUGUAUUUAUUCAAUUUUAGUUAAUUAAAAAAAAAUCAGUACCCUUGUAAAGAAACCAGAUGAAUGUUUUUAGAUAAUAUAUUCUCAUUAUAGAUUUUAUAGGAUGAAAAGUGAGAAGAACAGACGUAAUAUUAUUCACUAAUAAACUAUUUUAAUUGGGCUACUUGAAUGCUUAAAUUAUAGAAAAUUAUUAGUACCCUUGUAAAAUGUUUUCAUAUAAAGGUGCGUACAGAUAUACACGCCUCGAACACGCUCCGCACACGCUCUGAUCAUGAACGUUAUGCGAGAUGUUACGCAAGGGUUCGCUGUAUGUUUGAAGGAUGAUCGCGCGCUUGUCGUAUUGUUGACUUCGCUACAACCUAACCUCACAAAUGUGAAACGUUCAAUCCAACUGAUCGGGUGACAAAAACUAAAUAAAAUAUUCUGACCAGGGGAUUGCUGGGUAGCCUAAUAAUACAUUAUGUUUAUAUAAUAAAUUGAUAAUUAUUGUGUUUGAUGCAUUCAUGUUGGUGUUUUAUUACAAAAAAGGUUAUGUCUGUCAAAGGUUUGAAAUGUGAAAGGCGUGGUUGUGAGUGAGGCUUCUUUCUUCUAAAUCAUAAUAUGCUGGUACCUAUUAUUUAAAAUGUUUUCAUGAUUUUACAUUAUUUAAUUUUGAUGAUCUAAUAAUUGAUCAUUAAUUUUGAUAAUUUUAUAUGCUAACACAGAGAUCGUAACUGAUCCAUCAAAAACGUUAACCGCACAUGCGCAACUAUUGGUUAGUUCGCCCUAGGAACUUGCCAAGCUCGAUCUCUGUUAUACGCUCUGUUCGCGUUCCGCUCCUGCUCCACCUGCGAUCAUCUAUCGAUCUGCUCGACUAACGUUCGUUUGCGGAGCAGAGUGUAAGUCUGUACGCACCUUAAGACACUUAUAAAAAUACUAGCAGGUGACCCGUGCUGCGGUAACACUGGCGAAAAUGAUUUUGUAUAAAUGUAGAAUGCAGUCUCCUUAUGUCCAGGAAACAUAGAAAAAAUUAAUAAUUGUUCAUUAUUUUGUCAAAAUUACGUGGAUAAUCUUCAUCAGAGUUAAAUUCCAAAGUCAAAUUUCCAGCAAAAAAGGUUAGUUUGAUUGGUCUCAAACCCCUAAACCGUUCAUUCAUGUGUAACACAUGCUACCAAUUAAGGUACGGAGUCACUUGGAGAAAGCUCUGUUUGGUUGGACUUUUAUUGUUGCGUAAACUUUUAAUCACAAAUUGAAUAAAUUUGUUUCAACCCUAUAGAGACACACUUACUUUAUGCUAACACAGUAGACACACUGGGGUGUUGAACACCCCAAUUUAAUUUUGCAUGUUUCUUUGAAAAAUAUAGAGGAAAAAAUUACUUAGCCCAUACUCCAUCAUUUCUUAAUCAUUUUUGUCCCAAAUGCAUACAGAAAUCGAAAGUAAAGCACUGCUCAUUAAUAUUUAUACUAAUUUUAGAAGUACUUAUGUUCCGCCUGAGUGUUGGAGCUCCUAAUCUGGUUUGAUGGAAUGGCUUGAUCAUUGCCAAUGAUAACUUCAUCAAAAACUCACGUCUCUUCAUUCUAUUGUUUUGAACCUCAAGUUGUAGAGAAUCAUAGCAUUUAUUCCAAUCUGAUCUAUCAUCCCAUACCACAUUCACAGUGGUCAAUACAAGUAAAUCUUUGUAAAAAAAAGUAUUUGAUAAAAGUCCUACGUAAAAGACACUCUGGGGUGUUAGACACCCCAAUCGAAGAACAAGAUGAGCUGGUGACCUUAUAGAAUGCUAUUACUGGAGAGCAGUGGUGGAGUUAGUGGUGGAGAGCAGUUGACAAUGCUUCAAACCUAAUUUAGACUCGGCAAUAAUUUCUAUCUGUUUGAUAUUGUCAACUGUAGAACAGAAAAAAAAUCCCUGGUGUGAAACACCCCAGUGUGUCUCUUUAGGGUUAAUUAUUAAAUUAAAAUUAAUUUAAUAAUAGCAAUGAGAAUAAGCCUAUAUCCAUCCUUCGUAAAUUCAGAAUCUAUGUAAAAUUGCAAGAUAAAGAGCUAAUUUAGUUAAAUUUUGUGGAAAUCUAGAAGACAUAACCUCAUUUCGGACUUUUAAUGUUGGGAGAGAAAUAGUGCAAGGUAUUCUUAGUUUUUCUCUCCCGAUCUGUGCUUUAUUGUAAAAAAUAAUUAGUUUAUAAGUGAUUAUGCGUCGUGUAUUUCCUAUCCCGUUCAUGUAUAAGAAAAUUUCUUUCUUUAUAAAUAAGAAGAUUACACUGGUACUAGUAGUUUUGUAUAAUUGAGUAAUAUUAUUUAUUGAAAUUUCAAAGAAGUUUCAAGAUUAAUCAAUUAUUGGACCGAAACUAAUUUAAUAAUAACUGAUUGAAGAUUUAGUAGAGUAUAUAUUGUCCAUAACCUAGGAUAUCCUAACAGGUUUUUUAAUAUGUUAAAGUGCUACUCUAUCUGUAAAAUCCUCUAAUUUUUCACAGAGAUUUCCUCUGUUUUCUGUGAGGAAUUCAAGAGUUUCUCUGUGAGAAAUACAUGCAUCCCUCGAUUUCAGAUUUCUGCCUAUACAGAGUUGUGUCGUUUCUGAUAUUCUAUACCAUUCUAUAGAUACAUAUCUACAUAUGAGAUUUUUAAAGUUUCCAAUUUUAAGAAAUAGUUCCCUGUCUUCCUUGAAUUGGAAGCACAGUCGAGCGGAUCUUAAAAAUGUUGUGUGAAAAGAAUCUGGAAUAUAUCAAAAUUAUGAAUUGAGGAGUUAUAGGGGAGUAAUGAGGAGUAGUAAAAAUAAUGUGGAGUAAAACAUAAUGUACUUGUGAAAUAGUUUUAUUACAUGACAACUGGUACUGAUACAUGAACUUAUUAGCAGAAUUUUUUAGUGAUUUUUUUAUUUAAAUUGAAAUUUAUUUGCAAAAGGAAAUUAGUUACAAACAUAAUGAAUAAAACAUAAAUUGUAUAAAUUAAUAUAUCAAACAAAACUGUACUGCAAAUUAAAUUUCCUUUUACACUGCCAACAAAAGAGAAUGUUGAGUGUUGGCAGUGGGUCGUAGGAUAUGUACUUGAAAUUUACUGGAAUGUACUAGCUAUUGAAAUUAACUGUGGCCUAGCACAAGCUAAUUUCGUGAAGAAUCUUUCUUCUCUUAACGAAAAAUGACCGCUUCUAAAUAAUUCCCACUGCAUUAAUAUAAAUAAAUUGCAUCCUCCUAGAAAUACUCAAAUUUGUUAUAAGUUUGAUGUUCAUUAUAGCUAUCAUCUUUUAAUAAUUGCUCAUCCUUUUCCUUUUAUUAUAUUCAUUUUAUCUAUUUGUUUUUUAUGCAGCAAUACAAACUUUGGAGAACAGGCUAUACAAUAGGUUAUCGCUCAAAUGUGUACCUUUAAUUCAUUGAAUUACAGUUUCCAAAUGUAGGCUAUAUAUUGGAAUGUGUCGGUAACUACACCUUUUCCAACUGUAUUUGAGAAAGUAUAAAUUGUAAUUGAGAAUAGUCAUUUGUAUUUGAGAAAACGUCAGAUGUAAAUGAGAGCAGUCAAUUGUAGUUGAGAAUAGUGAUUUUUAUUUGAGAAACUAUCAUUUCAAUUUGAGAACAUACGAUUUAAAAUCGAGAAGUUGUCAGUUGAAAUUGAGAAAUGAUUUUAAAAAACCAGUGCUUCCAGUACUUAUAUUUUUCAUAAUUGUACUCAUAAAAAAUAAUAUGAUAAUAUAUUCCAAUAAAACGUUUAGUUUUUAAAUAACAAUUAUUUUCGAGCCGCAAAAUCCAAAGAAGAAUUGCCGAAU